AUCUCUGAGAAAAUGUCCUGGAAGGAGGAGUCCAUGAGUCCACCUCCUUGCUUUAUCCAGCGACUGGACCACCUCGUGCUGACUGUGAAGAGCAUUGAGGACACUGUGGCCUUUUAUUCCAAAGUGCUUGGCAUGGAGGUGGUCACUUUCAAGGGAAACCGCAAAGCUUUACGUUUUGGCUGCCAGAAGUUUAACCUCCAUGAGGCUGGGAAGGAAUUUGAACCCAAGGCUCGAUGCCCAGUCCCCGGUUCUACAGACGUUUGCCUUAUUACGCAGACCCCCCUGGACCAGCUGCUCAAACAUCUGAAGGCCUGCGGGGUGAAGGUUGAAGAAGGUCCCGUGGCCAGAACUGGUGCUAUGGGUCCUAUAACAUCCAUCUACUUCCGAGACCCUGAUGAGAACCUGAUCGAGGUUUCUAGGUAUGGCACAGAUAUGACAAGCAUGACUGCAGUUAGCAGAGGGGAACACUAACCACAAUCUACACUCUAAUUGAGUCCCCACAAGAGACGGGACACAGAGGUGACAAUUUUAAUGGCCAGUUCACAUUCUGCAAACUUAGAACAAGACUCAACUUUCAGACCUAUAGAGCAAUGAAAAAUAGGUCUGCAUGGACUCUAAGAGCUAUCCCUCAAUCCUGCUUUUAUAAAUCUCCAGUGAUGGAGACUUCAUGCCCUCCCUGGAAGAUCUGUCCUGCUAC